AAAUAAAUUUUGGUUGUCAGUGAAAUUCAAAUGACAACAAAUUAUUUUAUAUUUUCUAUAAUAAUGGUGUAGUAACUAUUAAAAAACGGCAUAAUGAGCUGUACGAAGGAAGAGAUUGAAAGGAAACGCCUUGCUGCCUUACAGAGAAGGCAAAGCAGAAUGGGUCAACCUAACAAUCCCAGUCAUUUUUCUUCUCCAGUGAAAUACAAUUCUGUUGCGUCUUCUGCAAGUCCUACAGUGCCUUAUGACCAGAAAUCUAGUGUUGGUCCUGUGAAAAGCUUUAACAGUAGUGGUAGUACAAAGUUUAGUCCGUAUGCUAAACCGCAAAAGAGUGGACUGAAUGAGAGUAAUGUGCCUGUAACCAAACCUGUAAGUGGUACUAUUUAUCUGAUUUCUGAAGACAGAUUUGAGGUGAACCCGUCAGAAUUCUGCACGCCUCUUAUCAACAUCUUCAAGACUAUACCUUCUAAAAGUUAUGAUUACAAGUCCAAAUUGUGGAACUUCUCUAUAAAUGAUUAUCAGGAGCUAAUGUCUAGGGUGGGUCCAUUAUCACCCCAUGUGGUGUUGGGGCCACUGCCACCAUAUGUGCUGAAGGUAUUGCAGGAGCAGACAGUGGAUCCUGACAGCAUAGAUCUGUCACCAGUAGAAGCUACUCUCAAGCACAAACUGAUGCCUUUUCAAGAGGAGGGAGUCAGGUUCGGUAUAGCGCGCCGCGGGCGGUGCAUGAUAGCAGAUGACAUGGGUCUGGGCAAAACUUUCCAGGCACUCGCCAUCGCUAGUUACUAUAAACAUAACUGGCCCCUGCUUAUUGUCACUACAUCUUCUAUGAGAGAAACCUGGCAGAGCAAGAUCCACGAGCUUUUGCCAUCUGUACCAAUGAUGAACAUUGUCACAUUGACUAGUGGCAAGGAUACUCAGUUAGUAGCCGAUAGACAGACAGAAGUCGUUAUAGUAAGCUACAAAAUCGCUGGCAUGUACACAGACUUACUCAAGAGUAAGAAGUUUGGUGUUGUUAUCAUCGAUGAGUCCCACUACCUAAAGUCUCAUAAGGCGCAGUGCACAGUGGCUCUGACGGGUAUAACGAAGACAGCUUCCCGCGUGCUGCUGCUGUCAGGCACCCCUGCACUCAGUCGCCCAGCGGAACUCUUCACGCAACUAUCUCUCAUUGAGCCCAGACUGUUUGGCAGUUACACGGAUUAUGGUAAGCGCUACUGCGCGGGCAAGCAGACUAACUUCGGCUGGGACAUGUCGGGGCAGUCCAACCUGGCUGAACUGCAGAUCUUGCUGCAGAGGAAGUUCCUCAUCAGGCGGACGAAGGAGCAGGUGCUCACUACACUCGAGGAGAAGACCAGAGAAUCAGUGAUCCUAGACAGCACCCUGCUGGAGUUCAGCAAGGCAGACCACGAGGAGUUGUCACAGAUGGCGCAGAAGUACAACGCCACCAAGUCGUCAGACAAACACGCCGCGCUCAUCACCUUCUUCAGCGAGUCAGCGAGGGUCAAGAUACCUGCCGUCUGCAAAUACCUCCGACAGUUGGUACCUGCGGAGAGCGGCAAGUUCCUUAUCUUCGCACACCACCGGAACAUGGUGGAGGCGAUAUGCUCCACGCUCGAUGAACUUGGGACGCACUACAUCUGCAUCGUGGGGUCAACGCCCGCUGCUACCAGGGCCGAGCUGGUAGACAAGUUCCAACACACGCAAUCCUGCCGCUGCGCUGUACUGUCCGUCACAGCCGCCAAUUCCGGGAUCACGCUCACUGCAGCCAACCUGGUGCUGUUCGCUGAGCUGCACUGGAAUCCUGGGAUCCUAACACAAGCGGAGUCGCGUGCGCACCGCAUCGGGCAACAGCGUGGCGUUUGCGUGAGAUACUUGCUGGCUCCACGCACCUGCGACGACUACAUGUGGCCCAUGCUGCAGGGGAAACUCAAUGUCUUGAACAAUGUUGGCCUAAGCGGAGACACCUUCGAAGACACAACAACGACACAUCAGGAAAGCAAAAACAACUUAACCCGGUAUUUAUCGCCGUCGAGCACCAAAAAUAAGAACGACUACAUUCCAGGCACUAAUAUUAGGAAAUACACUAUAAAAACAGAUCAAAAUAAAUCUACUGAGAAAGCAAACGUCGGCCAUACUUCUACGGGCGCUAAUAUCGUGAAAGAACAAAAUAUUGAUGAUUUGGAUAAGACAUUCUUUGAAGAUGAAGAAGGCGAUGAGUUAUUGGCCAAUCUUGAUUUAUGAUGGUUUUUCUGGAAAUCUGUGUAAGGAUAUUAACCCAUAAUAUAUAGAACAUAAGCUCUAUCAGCUCGCGACACCAAACACUUCAGGACCCCGAUACCGACCCCGCCGGCGUGGCGAUUUCCUUCAAUCAGCGCUUAUCGCUAUUGAUCCACUAGGGUCGAUUAAUUCUUUCAAAUAUUUUUCAUCUCAGACGACGCCCUGAGCCGAGGUUCGCGCCCAACUGGGCAUCCCCAGGCCUGUUGUCUUAAACCUUGUACCGGGUGAGAGCCUUCAGCGCUCCCCAUUUGUCCGGCCAAGUAGUUAAUGCCAUCUGGGGCAAAUCUACAAUAAGUUACGUCAAAAAAAAAUACUAUAUCCUAAUCGGGGAAGUCAGAGGUACUUCCAUUGCGUUUGUCUGAUAUGAUAACGUUUGAUUAACAUUUGCGUGUUAGAGUUUACACCCCUUUCCUUUUCGGCGGAUAAGAAAAUGGCAGGUAUAACUUAAAAUAAAAUAAGAUGGUGUGUACUGAAAUUAGCACCAUUUUCUCUUCUUUUCAGUCUUUUGUAAAUAAGUUAAGUUAUAAAUAAAAAUGUUAAGUUAUUGA